AUGAAGUUCCUGAUCGUCUUCGUUGCCCUCUUCGCCCUGGCCGUGGCUGCUCCUGUUGAUGUUGUGGUCGAGCGUCAGGAAUCCGAUGUCCAGCCCGAAAGCUUCCAAAACUCAUUGAAGUUGAGUGAUGGCACUUUAAUUGAAUCUCAAGGUCAUCUCCAGAAUGUUGGCACAGAGCAAGAAUCUCUUGUCGUCAAGGGCUCGUACAGCUAUGUUUCCGAUGAUGGUGUAACAUACACUGUUAACUACAUUGCCGAUGAGAACGGUUUCCAGCCACAGGGUGCUCAUAUCCCAAUUGUCUAA